GCAAUGUUCUUUAUAAAAAUAUUAUUGUGCUAAUGCUAUUGUGUAAUUUCUAUGAUGCAAGGAUUGUUUAAAAUAAAAAAGUUGCAGAUAUAUGUUUUAAUUUUCUUUGUUUCGUCGCGUGUUCAUACGCUGUUCUGACCAAUUAAAAUAAGAAUUUUAAACAUACACGAAACACACAUAUAGGAUGUAAAAUUAUGUCAAUAAACACGUUUUUAGGAUUGCAGUUUUUAUUGUGAAAUAUUGACGAGAUCGUAAUUCCACACACAAUAAUGGGCAAUAACGUUUCCAUUCAAGAUAGCAUCCGUAACAAAGAAGGUCCAGAACCUUGGUUCAUGUCAACGUAUCUUCCAAAGAAUGGAAACCUGAGUAUGGUAUACAGUGCGGAGUAUGACCUUUACUAGAACAACAAAUCGGAACUAGCAAAAGUUGCAAAACAUCCCCAUGUUCCCAAGCGCGUAAUCAAUUAUAACAUUACAGACGAUAAACUCAUAGAAUCUAUGUGUAAGGAAAUAUUACUCGAUCGGUUGGUGUCUUUAAAGGUGAUAAUUGAAACACUUUUAAGUCGUGGGGCACAAUCACACAGUGACGUUACGCUGACAGAUGCUGACAAAGUGAAGAUAAUGUACUUUUGGCUAUCGCUACAAAUUGCAAGGACUACACCGGUUUCGAUAUCAGCAGAUCGCUAUUCUUUUGCGUAUCAGAUAAAUCAAAUAAGACACUCCAGAAACACAUGCGCUGUCCUGUUUGCUUUAAUGUGUUUCUGCGCAAAGAUUCCAUGUGUGAUCAUUAAAGGCUUCGUUAAAGGCGGUAGCUACUAUCCCCAAGAGAAAAUGAAGGAAAAAUAUACACGAGAAUGGAAUGCAGUACUAGUAGAUGGGCAUUGGAGGCUCGUUGACGUUCUUUGGGGCUCUGGGGAAACAGUGGACACCCGAUAUCUCUUUCCUGAUCCGGAAAAGUUGAGGUUUACACAUUUUACCGAUCGUGUCAAGUGGCAGUUAGUUGUCGAACCAACGACACAAUUAGCAUUUGAAGCACAGGCGUUCAUUAAACCUAGAUUCUUUGAAUUAAAUAUGAAAAUGAUGUCUGAUAAGCACGGAGUAAUUAUCUGUCAGGAAGGUGAACUCGAGUUAUGCUUUCAACUUGACAGUUCUCAAGCUUCGAAACAGGAAUUUAAAUUGCUGGCAAAAUAUUAUAAUGAAGAAAAAAUGUGGGAGCUGGAAAAGCUUGAUAAUAACAAUCUAAAGAUUGAUUUUAUUCAUAAACGUUUGGUGGCAGAUCACAACCUUCAUGACAUGGAUUCAAAGACGGACUUGGAUGGAGAAUCUCAGAUUUCCAGCGCUUCGAUAUUGUCAAUUACUGUUCGGUUCCCGAGAGCUGGAUUGUACAAAAUUGAAAUUUGUGGUCGAUCAAAUGAUGUAUUUACAGAGUUUGACUGGAUUGCAAUUUAUAAUGUUCAAGUUAAAAUGGUCCACGAUUGGCUGGUAUUCUUUCCGAGGGUAGACAAGAUCGGAUGGGGUCCUAACUCUUAUCUCGAAGAAUGUGGACUCAAAGCACUAUCACACAUCGGUGGUGAGAUCAUCUGUAUUGCUGGAAAGAGUUUGGAGGUCAAAUUCGGACUUCUUCCGAACGCAAGAACUAGGAAUGUAUCAUUACGUUUCAAGUUACAGGAUGUAGUCAACCAGUAUGACGAGCAUCCCGAAGAAGAUAAUAGUAAUGCCACAUAUGGUGGCAACAGUUCAUUUUCCCCAUCUAAAGAUGGUGACAUCGUUAUACAGAUACCAAUUAAACAAGUUUCCGAAAUGAUUCUGAACAUUUAUGCAACACUGAAUGCAACUGAUAAAGGGCACGUGAUUAACUAUAGAGUUAUAGCUAAAUUAGACCCAAAGCAUAAAAUGGAAGAAUUUCGUGCUGAAAUUAUUGGAAGGCUCAAUGAGUGUGUCAAAGGCUUAGAUAUAAAGCUAUUGACACAGGCUCUCAAUGAAGCGCGUGCGAGUGGUCUACACCGCGACAGAAAGGUCGUCGACAUAUUUCGAAAGGCCUGUGCCAGACACAGGUACUUGUCUAGGUAUUUGAAGUGCCUAAAAGCUAUUGAACAAAUCAGCAAUACUGAUAUUGCAUCUCUCAGGUCAAUGAACCGACCAGAUGAUCGGCUAGUAUGCGUUCUUCGUGCAACACUGGUACUUCUUGGCGAAGACCCGUCCAGGAUCGUGACUUGGGAGGACAUUCAACCACAUCUGACAAUUCUAGGUCCGAAAAACUUAAAUAGACGGCUGAAGAAUUUCGAAAUAACCGACGCCGAUAUUCACAGCCGUAUACAAAAGGUCGAGUCGCUCUUAGGGGACAAACAUAUAGAUCUUGUCGAAAUUCUUGGAGUAAGUAGAGAAGCGGCUGCAUUCGCGCACUGGAUAGACAAUAUUUUCCAAUUAUACAAACUAAAGUUUUUGGAUCGCUAGUGAACUGUUAUAGAGAAAUAUAUUAUUUUCAUUAAAUAGUUAUGUUUUAAAGGUCUUACAAUCUUCUAGAAUGAAGCUGUACGCAAUAAACAAAAGCGUACUUGACACUACGUGCUACAUUUGACGAUAUUAUCACAUGUAAUCAUAUUGAAACAACAUAUUACAUUAGUAUGUUCAUAUUCAAUAUUUUAGUCAUUGUAUAUGUGAAAUGAAAUUAAGUCAGUAUUUUGAUACUGCUGACUAGAUGCGCGCGCAUCUAAUAUUGCCCGCUAGAAUGUUAGUUAUUUGUAACAUGUGUGCAAGUUUUACAACGCAAAGAUUUUUCGAGUACUGUUUCCUUUGUUUACAAAAAUGUCGUCUGUUCAAUUUGGUUUUAAUUGUACAUUGUGUAUUCUUGUUUUACACCGGUGCAUAUUAUUAAUAGUAACUGAUAAAUAUUGAUGGAAUUUA